AUGCCGGCAGCGGCGGAACAACUGCAGCUAAAGGCCACAUACCGGCCGACAGCUAAGCUGCAAGUAUUUUACACGGGAGGUGCCGCUCGGCUCACGCGGGAUGGAAAGCUGCUGGCAUGCUCGUGCUCCGAUGAAGUCAAGAUUGUGGAGUUUACCACGGGAGCUGUCCUUCGUUCCAUCAAGCCGGACGGUGAGGCGGUUACCGCGCUGGCCGUCAGCCCGGACUGUCGUACACUGGUCGUCGCGACGCGUUCUCUUUAUGUCCGUGUGUACGACAUGACGACCGGCGCACAGCUGCGGAACUGGAGGGGACAUAAGGCCCCGGUGGCAGAUCUUGCCAUCGACGCUUCGGGAGGCUACGUGGCUACGGCCUCCGCGGAUCGCUCUGUCAAGGUUUGGGACAUUGCGGGUGGGUUUUGCACGCAUCACUUCCCCGGGGGUCACGGCGGGGUGGUGCUGCGGGCCAUGUUCCACCCCAAGAACCUGCAGCUCUUCACGGCGGGGGAUGACGGCUCCGUGAGGGUGUGGGAUCUGGUGGACAAGAGCUGCGUGUACGACCUGAAGUCCCACUUCAGCGCGGUCACCUCUCUGGCUUUGUCCCCGGACGGCUGGCUGCUGCUGACCGCGGGGAGGGACAAGGUGGUGGUGGUGUGGGACCUGCGCAGCGGCAGCAAGGUGGCCACCGUGCCUGUGUAUGAGGCGGUGGAGGGGUUGGUGGUGCUGCCGCUGGGGGCGCCCUUCCCUGGAGUGCCCAGACAUGCGGUGGACACCGCGGCGCUUAUCAAGGGCGCCAAGAAGGUGGUGCACUUCGCCACAGCCGGCGAGAAGGGCGCCAUCAAGUUGUGGCGUAGCGACACGGGUUCUUGCGUGAGCGAGGUGGCCCCGGAGGUGGCGGUGGCGGGCAGUGCCGCGUGCGAGCUGACCGACCUGGCGCUGCUGCCGGCGGGGGCGGCGGGGGCGGCCUCCGCGGGCUCGGCACUGGGGCCCGGGCUGCUGGCGGCCACUGCGGAUGCCAGACUGCUGUUCUACACCCCCCAGGACGUGGGGGGCAACCCCCGGCUGGUGCUGUCCAGGCAGCUGGUGGGGAACCAAGACCAGGUGACUGACCUGCGUUUCGUGGGACCACCUGCCGAGCCCUCCUUGCUGGCGGUGGCUACGAACAGCGAGACUGUACGACUAUACGGCAUUUCCAAUCUGAGCUGCGCCGCCUCUUUGGUGGGCCACCGGGACAUCGUGCUGUGUUUAGACGGAGGAGCCGCCACGGGGGCCCAUCCCCCGCUGCUGGCUAGUGGCUCUAAGGACCACGAGAUCCGCGUGUGGGAGGCCGCCAGUGGCCGCUGCCUGGGAGUGGGGGUGGGGCAUGUGGGGGCGGUCAACGGAGUGGCCAUGGCGCGGAAGAGCUCGCGGUUUCUGGUGUCCGUGGGAGCUGACAAGCUUAUCAAAGUGUGGGAUAUUGCUCCCGCAGCAGCGGCGACGGCGGUGGCGGCCACCGGGCCGCUACAGCUGCGCACGAUUGCGGCUGUAGCAGGCCACGAUAAGGAUAUCAAUGCAGUGGCGGUUGCACCUAACGACCAGUUGGUUGCAACUGCCAGCCAGGACCGGACAGUUCGCGUGUGGUCGUUACCGGAUCUGGUGCAGGUGAAGGUUUUGCGGGGUCACAAGCGCGGCGUGUGGACGGUGGAGUUUGCCCCUCUGGAGCGCGCACUACUGACGGCUUCAGGCGACAAGACCAUCAAGCUGUGGUCCCUGACUGACGGCAGCUGCAUGCGGACCCUGGAGGGGCACACCGCGUCAGUGCUGAGGGCCACCUUCCUGACCGGGGGAACACAGAUCCUGAGUGCGGGUGCGGACGGGCUGCUCAAGCUGUGGAACGUGGCCAGUGGGGAGUGCGUCAACACCUUUGACGAGCAUGAGGACAAGGUUUGGGCUCUUGCCGCUGGUGGCAGUCAAGAGGGGCUGGUGGCCACGGGGGGGGGUGAUGCCCUGGUGUGCUUGUGGGCUGACAGUACGGAGGCGGACGCGGCGGCGGCGGCUGCAGCGGAGGAGGAGCUCGCGGAGAGGGAGCAGGACCUUCAGAAUGCACUGGCGGACGCCAACUUUUCCAAGGCAGCCCGCCUGGCCUUCAGCCUCAAGCACCCCGGCCGCCUGCUGUCCAUCAUCACUCGCGCUGCCACAGCCACCGCCAACAUUAAUACCGACCCGCGGCUCACUUCCGCCGCCUCUACCUCCUCCGCGACUGCGGGCCCUCUGGGACACCUGUUAUCGGGCCUCGUGGGCGCCAUGUCCGAUGAGGACCUGCGCACCUCCCUGGAGUACGUCCGGGACUGGAACACCAAUGCCAAGCACUGCCAUGCGGCUCAGGCGCUGCUGGGGGCGGUGCUGAGGAUGCAUGGGCCGGACAAGCUGCUGGCAGUGCAGGGUCUGAGCGAGCUACUGCGGCAGAUCUCAGUGUACAGUGGCCGCCACCUCUCGCGUCUCGACCGGCUGGUUCGAUCCACGUACCUGGUGGACUUCACUCUGGAGUCCAUGGGUGUACUG